CUCCCCCUACACCCCCUAUUUCAUUUAGCAAAUGCCACAUUCAUAAAACAGUGUUACUAGCUCCCAGGGUAUUUGGUGUUCCUGCUCACAGCCUCAGAGCCUGGAGUUGUAUGACCAUGGGAGCAUCUAGGCUCCCAUUGAAUUGUAUGGGAGCACCCCAUUACACUUUGGGGUGUUUUUAAAAAGCGUGCUCCUAGCCCUUGCACGUGUCCCAGAUGUGCCUUAAAUGCUUGAAAACAGAAGGCAAAUGAAAAAUAAACCCCAAAUGUAUAAUUUAAAAAAAUCAUGAUUUUGAGGUGCCUCACUCCAGAUUUUUGAACACCUGGAAUUGACAGUGCGGAAAAAGCGGAGGGUUGUUUUGAGCACUAAGUUGCUGUAGUUUUGAGGUGAAGUUUACUCCAGUACAGAGAAGUCACACAAGGCGGGGCACAGUACAUAACCAUGUUUAAGGGGGUUUCGGAUGGAGAGCUUUUAACCGAUGUUUCUAGAUUCCGUAGCUCGUACUAUGGUCACUGAACUAGGUGCUCACCACUUCUAGUGAGCUCGGGGACUCAAACUGGGAUUUCCUCUUCUCUCUUCUACGUUCCCAGCUCCAGAUAAGCUGCACGAAAUUGCAGCCGCAGUGUACAAAAAGCUCGAUGUGCUCUUGAGUAAGAAAACGUACCCACCUGGGGUUCUCCCUCAGACCCUGGAGGCCAUUUUUCAGAGCCAGAUCCAGAUGCUGCAGGGAGCGAUCAUUGAAAGCAGACUGGAGUGUGAGCGGCACUGUGGAAUCUUUAGGUACGACGCCAUCUCCUGCAUGAAUUGUAACUUCUCCAGACCAGCCUGCUUUGGAUAUAACUGCGAGUCAUCAGAAGAGUGGGAAGCAGCCUUGAAAGGCCUUUUUGAUUACAUAAACAAGCUGUACCAGCAAUCAGCGAGGUGGAUAGUUGCCCUGAGACGGAUCCCAGGCUUCCACAACUGCACGUCCCGCAGCCCAGCAAUGCUGAACUUCAGAAGGAUAAAUGCCACCAUGUCAGAGACUUGGCGCAAGGCACUUGCGAGCAGGAAGACAACUGGAUGGCAGAAAUACAGGAACCCCCCCACCGGAGUGAUCGACUGCUAAGCUGCAUUUUAGUAAAACGAGCCUCUCCUUGGAAUGUAUUAGGGGAAUGGGAAAUUAAAGCUUCGAAUCACUCAGCAGGAUGCUGUUACUCCUCUCAGACUGUUCAAAAUGCAGCAAGCCACUGACAGCAGGAAACCACUUUCUACCCAAAUGCCUACAUGACAUUUCCCUACCCUUCAGCUGCUGUAUCCACCCCAGAGCUGGCUGCAAUUGCAGUGACAGGGAAAAAUCUCUUGAAAAUGGUUUAUAAAAUCCUCAUCGGCCACUCUGAAGAAAAGGCUGCAAGCAGAGAAAAAGUAUAAAAAUCAAAAUUAACUUUUGUUUUGAAAUUUUAUUAGAUCAUCUUGACACAAAAUUGUUACAGCAGCUUGUGGUCUGUCUUUGUAAGGGAAUGUUGAUAGCAAAUAAAUUCUUUAAUAUAACACA